AUGAAGUUCAACGCUGCUGCUGCUGCCACUGCGGCGGCCAUGUUCGCUGGCGUCGCCCACGCCGAGGAGGCCGAGGCUUCUCCUGUUGCCGUCGAGCUUCCCACCUUCACCCCCACUGCCAUCAAGGCGGACUUUCUCGAACAGUUUACCGAUGAUUGGGAGAAGCGCUGGAAGCCCUCCACCGCCAAGAAGGAUAUGAAGGAUGCCGAUAAGGACAAGGAGGCCGAGGAAUGGGCCUACGUCGGCCAGUGGGCUGUCGAGGAGCCUACUGUCUACAAGGGCACCGAGGGCGACAACGGUCUUGUUGUCAAGAACCCUGCCGCUCAUCACGCCAUCUCGGCCAAGUUCCCCAAGAAGAUUGACAACAAGGGCAAGACCCUCGUCGUCCAGUACGAGGUCAAGCUUCAGAACGGCCUCGAGUGUGGUGGUGCCUACAUGAAGCUUCUCCGCGACAACAAGGCCCUUCACCAGGAUGAGUUCAGCAAUGCUACUCCCUACGUCAUUAUGUUCGGCCCCGACAAGUGCGGCCACACCAACAAGGUGCACUUCAUCUUCAACCACAAGAACCCCAAGACUGGCGAGUACGAAGAGAAGCACCUUACCUCUCCCCCGUCGGCCAAGAUUGUUAAGACGACCGAGCUCUACACUCUGAUUGUCAACCCCGACAACACCUACGCCAUUCGCCAGAACGGAGAGGAGGUCAAGUCUGGUUCUCUUCUUGAGGACUUUACUCCCGCUGUCAACCCCCCCGCCGAGAUUGACGACGCCAAGGACACCAAGCCUGAGGACUGGGUUGACCAGGCUCGCAUUCCUGACCCUGAGGCUCAGAAGCCCGAGGACUGGGAUGAGGAGGAGGAUGGUGACUGGGUCGCCCCUACCGUCCCUAACCCCAAGUGCGCUGAUGUCUCCGGCUGUGGUCCUUGGGAGAAGCCCAUGAAGAAGAACCCCAACUACAAGGGCAAGUGGACCGCUGCCUACAUUGACAACCCCGCCUACAAGGGACCCUGGGCCCCUCGCAAGAUCAAGAACCCUGCCUUCUUUGAGGACAAGACUCCCGCCAACUUCGAGCCCAUGGGUGCUAUUGGAUUUGAGAUCUGGACCAUGCAGAACGACAUCCUCUUCGACAACAUCUACAUUGGCCACUCUGUUGCCGACGCCGAGAAGCUUGCCGCCGAGACCUUUGCUCCCAAGCACGCCGCCGAGAAGGCUCUGGCCGAGGCCGACAAGCCCAAGGUCGAGGAGCCCAAGUCGCCCUCCGACCUCAAGUUCCUUGACGACCCUGUCCUCUACGUCCGCGAGAAGGUUGACCUGUUCCUCACCAUUGCUCAGCGCGACCCUAUUGAGGCUGUCCGAUUCGUCCCCGAGGUUGCUGCCGGUAUUGGCGCCAUCAUCGUCUCCCUGAUUGCUGUCACUCUUGGUCUCCUUGGCUUGGGCAGCGCCGCCGCUCCCGUCCAGGGCAAGACGGCCGAAAAGAGCAAGAAGGAGGAGGGCUCCAAGGCCACCACCACCGGCGCUGAAAAGGCCAAGGGUGAGGCUACUAAGCGUAACACUCGCAGCCAGAACUAG